ACUGAGACUCAAGGGGAAUUUGUUAUAGUGAGGAAGAAAGCUCUGGAGAGGCUGACAACUGAAGUGAUGCAAUUACAUGACAUUUUGCCCCAGGUACUGACUGGUAAUAUCUUGGAGAACUUUCAGAAGUUGGAUGUGGUUGAAGCAAUAGUAGAAAAAAAAGAACAUGAACUGGAACAACUGAGAAUGGAUUGUGAACACUUUAAAGCCCGCCUGGAAACAGCCCAAGCAGAUUGUAUGAAAGAAAGAAAGGAAAAAUUAACUGUUCAACAGAAGCUGAAUGAAGCAAAGCAGCAAUUAUUGCAGCAAGCAGAAUAUUGUACAGAGAUGGGAGCUUCAGUGUGCACAUUGUUAUGGAGUGUUUCUAGUAAUGAAGAAGCAGUUAAAAGUAUUCUUGGAAGUAGUAUAGCUGAAAAGUUUUUUAGUAUUGCUGGACAAACAGUGGAGAGUUUUGUGAGAUCACUUGGUGAAGAUACCAAACAGCAAGAUGUGGAUUCAGAUGAAAGUCAGUUUGUGUUAGCUUUGGCAGGGAUAGUUACAAACAUUGCUGCUUUAGCAUGUGGUCGUGAAUUUCUGGUUAAUUCAAAUAAGGUGUUGUUGGACACGAUGAUGCAACUUCUAGGAGACCUGAAGCCGGGAUGCUGCACCAAACUGAAAGUGUUGAUGAUGAUGUCCUUAUACAAUGUAAGUAUCAACGUGAAAGGCUUGAAGUAUAUCAGCGAAAAUCCUGGGUUCUUCCCAUUACUCUGGUGGCUCCUGAAUGAUCCAGAUCCAGAAGUGUGUCUUCACGUACUACGGCUUCUCCAGUCUGUGAUCUUGGAGCCAGAGGUUUUGGCCAAGUCAGCUGCCAAGAUACGGGACACUAUGCCACUGCCGCGUAUUCUUAUGCUAUCAAAGUGCCGUAAUGGAGAUCUUCAAGUGCUGGCCCAAGAACUGCUUGAGGACAUUAAAGUAUUAGAGUGUGAACUAUAAAGGUGUAUGCUAUGACAUUAUCUUUUA